AUGACCUGCAGGCUCCACUGUCUCACUGAGGAACUUUUUUUUUUUUUGCUUGCUUUCUUGUUUUCCCAGGUUCUCAGUCUGAUAAUCCUCAUCUGCUAUGCUUCGUCCUGGUAUGGCGGCUACACUGCUGUUGCCAUCUGCGAGAUGUGCUUUGCUAUCGUGUUCUUCUGCGUCUUCAUGAUGAAUCUGGACCAGCAGUUUACAGCCAUCAGCUGGGUCUGGAGUGACUUUAUCCGUGCAUUUACUGGCACUCUAGUUUACCUCAUCACGUCGCUCAUCUGCGUCAUCAGAGGAGCCGGGGACGGCGCGCUCAUCGCAGGCGGGGUGUUUGGCUUGCUCGCGGGUCUCCUGUUUGCAUAUGACACGUACACCAUCUACCUGCAAAUCAAGAGCGUCAGGUCGCAAACUGGAGGUUCUGGUAGCCCAGCUUAAACAGUCCACGCAUCUGUUAUCGACGCUGCAGGAACACAAAAACAGAGAAGAGCGGCUCAGUGAGGGGAGAUGGACAGUAAAAUGACCAGGUCACAGUUUUAAUCAUUGCAGCUGUAUGGUGUGAACAAAUGAGAAGUAUUUUAGAGCCGUGCUUGAGAGGAAUACCACAGAACCAAAGGGAGAGGCACUAUACUGUACAUCUGUGUCUGCAUGUGUGCUGCGGCGGGAA